AAAUCUGUGUGCUUAAUCAAAGGCAGAGAAAUCGGACGCUGCGGUUGGGGUUCCUUUGCCCCGGCUCUGCGCUUGCCACCCCGGGCCCCUUCCUUCUGACCCGUCUCCGAACCUUGCAUCUGGUGGUCCGAACGUUCCAGCCCGCUUCAGCCAUGACAGCUCAUUCCUUCGCUGUCCCCGUGAUUAUCUUCACUACCUUCUGGGGCCUUAUCGGUAUUGCCGGGCCCUGGUUCGUGCCCAAGGGGCCCAAUCGCGGGGUAAUUAUCACCAUGUUGGUCACCACUGCUGUCUGCUGCUAUCUGUUCUGGCUGAUUGCCAUCCUGGCCCAGCUGAAUCCUCUGUUUGGGCCCCAGCUGAAGAAUGAGACCAUCUGGUAUGUCAGAUUCCUGUGGGAGUGACCAACCGCCAUCACCUGUUGCAGGUACCAGGCUUCUCCAGUCCUCUUGCUCCUCUGUUGAUUUCAGGUGCAGUCAACCCCCGAUGUCUCCUCCACUUCUGCAUCCCCGUGUUCUUGGUGUUGCUCUUUCCUGUCUUCAACUUGGUUACUCCUAGGCUUAGACCUUCCCAUUGGAAGCCCAUUCCAAUUCUAGGAAAUAACCUCUUCCAUGGGAGAUCUGGACCUCAAGGGAGAGGGGCUUAUAAUCAGGUCAGAGUGAAAGAAGUCUAAAUUUUUAGCCCUCCCUCCCUUUUUCUCCCUCAUUAUCCUUUUAUGAUUCUGUGAUAUACUUUGUUAUAAAAUUUGUAGACAUUGUGAGCCGUGGGGGGAGGAACUUCCUUUUCUUUCUUGGAAAAGCAUAGAAUUGGAGUAAAAACUAAAGUAUAUGAAAUAAUUGUUAAUUCUCUUCA